UAUGAGCAGUCAAGUCAUUUUUAUUAGGGGAAGGAUGCAGAAGUAUAAGAAUAAUCAAGACCUACAAGGAGACAGGAAUACAGCAUCUCCUCACAGAAUAGUAAAUAUACAAAGACUGGGGUUCAUGGUUCACCCUCCUCACCCAAAACCUGCUGUUUCUUGUGUGAUUAGCAGCACAAAAACCUGAAGUUAUGCACCAGAGAUCAUUACUCUAGUCAUGGUCAAACUUAGUUAAGAUACGUGUAGUAGUACAUAUUUCCCUGCAAUGCAGACAUAAAAAAGAACAGAUAGGAAGGAUCCUCAAUGAGAGAGAUCUCACUUAUCGUGCAUUUAAUUCCUCCCUCUUAUGCAUUUAUGAUCACAAUUCCAGCCAGCUUUGCUACCUCACCUUAGAAGAGGUGAAAUAAAGAACAACAGGAUCUCAAUGGUAUUCCAGGCUUUCAGUCUCUGCAUGCACUGUCAGUAGGGACAGAGAUCUCUGUUAGAGUAGCAAGAAGCUGCCUGCAAAUCCUACAGAACAAUUUGGUUUUUGCAGGUGCUAUCAAUGUGAGCCAGCUUGCACUGCAAGAGAGCAGAUCUGAAAGCCCCUUAGAGCACUUCCCAGACAGCGUGGAAAGUAUAGAUUAUUAUAACCAGUAACAAAUGUCCAUUUACUUGCAAAAAUAUACAGUAAUCCAAAUCAAACUUAGUGCCUGCUAGCCAACUAAAAAAAUUUCAAAAUCAGGAUAGCUUUCCAAUUAUUGCAUGUCCCUUUUGUGAUAUUUGACUCUAGGGAACAAAGCCGAGCAGCCACCUAGAUAGCAUUAAGUCCUAGAAAGAGAAUCUAACAAAGGUCCAGUGUUCAACUGUUUGUACUCAUACUGAGAAUAAUUCUUCUUGAACUCUUUCUCCUAUUCCUUUCCUUCCUUAUGACUUUUCUACGUGAACACCUAACUGCACUGCAUUUCAUAUUACCAUGACCUUCCCAAACCUGUAACCCCAUCUCUGUUUUGGAGAUAGAAGAACUGAGAGUCAUUCACAAUUUUUAAGAAUUUAUCAAGAAUGCAAUUUGUCCUUAAAGCAUUCACAAACACUUUUCAAAGCAGGUUUGUCAAAUACAGAGACUUGAUUCAUGAUGGACAUAAAGGCCAUCCCAACAGCCAUUUAUCUCCUGCUGAAUACUGAAUUAAGUAUGGAUGCAAGCAGUGGCACCUGUAUGACAAAUAUUUGGGAGGUACAGAAGGCCACACUGCAUGCUCAUAGCCAGAUGCCCAUUUCUCUUUGGAUCUAGAUGAGAUCCAUCCCUCUUCUGCAAGUGUUCUGUAGUUCAGAAAUGUUCCCAAUUCUUGCUGGUGUUAGCAGGGGGACAAAUCUAUGGGGGAGAAGGGCCUGCUAUCAGAGGGGACAGGCAGGGAUGCACCACUGCCACACAGUCUUCCACAACAGCAUCUCCUGCUCACACUGCAGGACAGCAAGGGCUGGGUUAGGAACCAUCUCUGGCCCAGAGCAGGGACUGUGGGACAGGAUACUUGAAAUUGGAACAUAAACCUAGCAAACCUGUGGGAUAUCUAACGAGGGAGGAAAGGGAUAAAGAAUUGCUGUCUAUAAUUUGUCACAUAUUAUAGAGCAGGUACCUGGAAGAGAUGGGCUGAAGGAGCUUUUGAAGAUGAGUUUUCUUCUCCUGUCUCUAGAGGGAGCUUCAGAGUGUGAAUAAACUGACUGCUGACUGCGUAUGAACCUCUAAAGAGGGAUGAAGUUAGGUGAGAUGCAUCUUUAUCUGAAGUUCAAGGUAACAGCUUUUAACUUUUCCUGGACUUCUUCAGGCCUUUGUGUCCCUGUCAUGUUUCUGUUGUGCCAAAUUGGAGGGUUAGUUAACAUAACACAGUAGCUUUUGAGGUUCCUAGGCAAUCUCAAACAUAAUUUAACAAAGCAGUCAAGAUUUCAAAGACACUGACUUCUUGAAAGUUUUACAAAAAUAAGUAGAUUUUGUAGGUGAGAAGAAUCCAGACUCCCUUCUUUCAAGAGAAAUUUUGCCUUGUGAACUCAGCCAUCAAGAAGUCUAUUGAAAAAGAGACACGAGAAACCAGGUUACUUAAUUUCUAUUUUUUACCAACCAAAGAGGUUUCUUUGUGGUUCUGAAAAUAUGUUAAACAAUUCUCUAUUUACUAUAGUCCUGGAGGGGAUGGGUAGCCAGACUUGCUCUGGUGUGGUGCUGCUGCUGCCGCUGCUAAGAGGGUGAGCAGAGAAAAGCAUUCCCCAACAACGCUGGUGUCAGCAGAGCCCACGUGUGGCUGCACUGAAUUACAUCAGCUGUGCCACGGCCAGGGCUGGAGGUUCACGGGCUGAGUGAGGAGCUGCUCCUUUGUGCAUCAGAGUCUUAUGCCACACAGCCUGCACUGAAACAUGUCAUUAAAGCUGGCAAAUGGCAGCGUAAGCUGCUCUGUUCAAAUGCACUGCAGGAAUUCAUUCUCUGCAACCAAAUAAAUACUCAAUCUCUGCAAACGCUGCUAACAGUGUUUUGACAAGGCAAUUUGGGAUGGUAUUUUUGUUACAUGAAUGCUCGCUCACAAAGCAGGCACAGUCAGUGCGCUUGGCUAAUUUUCUGCUUAAAUGGAACUAACAAGAGGUAUUCUCUUCCCAUAGGCUUUCCUGUUCCCCCCGCCCUCCUCUGCUCUUUGCAGCUUUCUUCAAACCCAGCUGAGGACCCACAUACACCGAUGACCAGAGCCCAGAGCAGCCUGUCACAGUCUGGAAUGCUUUCAAAAAAUUAAUUUGGAUCUGCUGGUCACUUUCCAGUGUGUCACAUCCUUCUGCACAAGGGAGAACAGGAAAUGGCAAACUCCCAGUAUGAGGCAAAGCAUUCCCAUCGCAGCAAUUGGUCCACAGGAGCUAUAAAUUGGUCUCCUCCAGAAACAGAUCAAAAUUUCUCUUCUGGGAGGGUGGCUGGAAACUGAAGAAGCCAUGGAGAGGAACAGUGCUGCCUUUCCGCUGACACCAGACCCCACGCACCACUUCCACGUAGCCCUGCUGGAUCAGAGACGGAGGCUGCGUGGCCAAAUUGCUCACCUUCACAAGGCAGCUCGGAAACUCAACAAGCUCCGCAAGAGGUCCCUGAUUGCCAAUGUCAGCGGGAGCACCCUGACCGCUGCCGGAGCAGUCACAGCCAUCCUGGGGCUGUCCCUGAGCCCGGCGACGCUGGGAGCCUCUCUGCUGGCGUCGGCCGUGGGUCUGGGUCUGGCCACGGCAGGGGGGGCCGUCAGCAUCACUUCUGACCUCUCCUCAGUGCUCUGCAAUUCCCGGGAGGUGAAGAAGGUGCAGGAAAUUGCAAUGACUUGUCGGAAACAGAUGAGGGAAAUACUCGGCUGCUUGGAGUUCCUUCGCCGGGGGCAGGGCCCAGGCGACCCUACACUGCGCCAGUCAGAGAAGAGGGCAUCCAUCUCGCUCUACAACUCCGUCUGCUUCAUGGUCUUCUGCGGCUCCCACAGCUUCCUCGUGCCCGAAUACACAAAGGAGGUCACUAAAGUAAGCCAGGCUGUGCUGAAGGCCAAAAUCCAGAAGCUGGCUGACAACCUCGAGACCUGCACCAGGGCAAUGGAUGAAGUCUGUGAUCUUCUUGAGUCCAGAACAGAGCUUUCCCCAUGUACGAGGAGACUCAGCUUGGAUGCUAAAACCACUGCUGAGAUCCUGAGACCAUCCAGCUGAAACAGCGUUUGGCCCAUAUUAAAACUGGGUUUGGAGACAUUAUUAACUACGACCAUUAGCACUGCUACCUGUUGUUUUACAGUUCGUGGUGCUGAUGCUGUGAGGCAGACAUUCUGCAGACCCCUUUUCCCCAGCCAUCUCCACUGCUCUGCUUCCUCAGCAAAAAUAAGUAGGUCAGGAGGCGGAUGAAAUACCUGAUGCUGACUGAACCUGGUUUGUAAACAACUUAUGAAUCUGUGUGUGGUACAAGGGCUGGAGUACCCUAAAAAAGCCAGCAGCUGCCAAUUUCCAGUAGAGUAUAAUCCCAUUACCAAGGUACAUCUGGAAAGGCUGUAGAAAGAAGCAGCUCCAGAUAGGACAGACUGUACAGAUAGUUCCCCAUCUGAGGGUGAAAUAGCAGGGCCAGAAUUUAUCUGUUUGGAGAAACCUCUCCAGACUGAGAACUGUGAUGUUUGUAUUCUAUUUAUUUACAUAGAAUGAUUUUAAGCUUAUGAUAUUGUAUUUAAGAGUGUGUAUAUAUUUUUUUUUUUUUUUGAAAGGAGGCCUCUGUUCCAAAGGAAAACUGCUGUUUUUUUAGAGUAAAAGCAAGUCUGUAGCAUGUGAGAGCAAGUUACCUGUUAUUUUGCUGUGAGGGAGGGCAAAUCCCUGUAGGAAAAGGAAAGCAUGACCUGAAUGCUGAUAGUAAUAAAAUAGGUGAAACACAGCCAAACAGUGACAAAAGACUUUAGGAGCCAAAACAGAGAGAAGAAGAGUGGCUGAGUCUGCCUCAGGGCAUUGGUGGAAGGAAGCAGUUAUAUCUCCUGGGAAGGGUAGGGUAGAUUUGUGUUACUGGUCUGAGCUGGAGCCCCGUGACAGGAGCACACCUGAGAGGUGGAGGUGCCACUCUCCAUGCAGUCAAGCAGCCUGUGAGACCCACAGUGGAUCAUCUGUGAGGGGUGAGGCAGCACUCAUGGAAAGCUACACAUACUCCUAGAAAGGCUUCCCACAGAAGGCUUCAUGUUAGUGAAAUACAUGCGGGUACUAAUAUUCAGGAGGGAUAGAGAGGAGUAGGAUAAUUCAGUGGCAGAACCCCUACAAAGCAGGAGCAGGGACUGGGGCCCGGUUUCAAGUGACUGUUCUGCUAAAUACGCCCUUUGUGAUUUUGAGCCAUCAGUACCUCAGUUCCCUGUCUAAAAAUGGGGAUAGUAGCAUUUCCCUACCUCACAAGAAUGUGUCUGGGAUCAUCCCACUCAGAAGUGCCCAGGUAUGGUGAUGAUGGGGAUCAUGUCAGUACCUGAAAGAGGUACAAGGAAGAGACCCUGAAACUAGCUUGAGGCAACUAGAAGAGUUAAUGCAGAGGUAACUCCCUCCACAAGCAUGUCCCAGUGGAUAAGGGAAACUUCCCUGCGCAGGCACAAAUCCAAAUGAUCAGAAAAACCUACUCUGUAAUUCUGUAACACUGACCAAAUUCUUAGGGAGGGCAGUACUCCAUGUCACAAAGCUUGAAUUCUUGUCCUUCUUGUCUCUUCUUUUCAUCGUAUCAAUAUUUGUUUUAAUAUGUUGUAGGAACAAUAAAAGCUCUGGUUCUCCAGAGUGAGACUCAAAUGCUUUUGAUACCCAUGUCUGUUUGAACAGAAAUUAACAAGUACACUGCUGAUUUGAAUAAAUGAAUAUGAAGCA